AUGGAGGAGACAGCUAUUCUAUUCAAUAGAAAAGAUAAAAUAAUAACUGAUGGAAACACCGAACAAAUCCCAAUUGAACCUUUAACAUCUGAACCGGAUGAAACAACACCACUGAAUAGCGAAUUUAUUAAUUCUGAAGAUGGAGAUCAAUUUAAAAACCCCAAAGAUUAUUAUAAAGUCCUUAGAAUUAAUAAAGAAGCGACAGAAAACGAAAUCAAUAAAUCAUACAAAGCAUUAGCUCUUAAAUAUCAUCCAGACAAAAACCCAAGUCCUGAUGCACAAGAUAAAUUUGCAAUGAUCAACAAAGCACAUUCAACAUUGUGUGAUAAAGAUAAAAGAAAAAUGUACGACAUUUUAGGUCCCGAGUCUGAAAAUCUUGGGUCACUGGUGGAUGUCCUACUUCCUUUUGCUGGGUUUGGAUUGUGUGUUUUAGGGACACUUCUCCUCUUUAUUUUCUUGUUUGUUGGUAUUUGGAUUGUACUAUUUUUAGCGAAGUUAGAUAUCCCAAAAGACAAUUGGAAGUACUCGUUAGUGAAUAUACCCCUCUACAUCUUUCUUUUAUUUUUCAUUGUAAAUUAUGCGAGUAGUACAAUUGGGAAGAUCACUGGGACUAUUUCUGGAUUAUGUAAUUAUAUUGGUAUCAUAGUAUUUUUUGUGAGAAUGGACAUACGAGGUGAGUCUUCAUAUCAGUUAUGGCUAGUACCCUUUUAUGUUGGACUGAUUUUCAAUAUUAUCACACACGUGUUUGAGUAUUACGUCAACACUCAAAUGGUGGGAGAUGAUCAACAAACACUCCAAAGAGGCUGGAAAAAGAUUUUAAUCAAUAUAGGACUUGAUAUUAUACCAUUCUCGGCUUUUGCAGCGACUUUGGUAUUCACUGGAAUUGCUAUGGAUAGUGCACAAAGAGACUUUAUGAUCCCAACUCUAUUAGCUAGUGUGUGGAUCACAUUUAGAGUAUUCCAAUCGACUUUUGUCGACUUAAAACUGUUUGAUGGAAGUGAGAAAUCAACUCUAAAAACAGUAUUUAAAGCCAUUGGAGUUGACAUGUUAGUUAUUCUAUUUGUGGUACUGCAGAUUAUGUUGAUCGGAUUUAACAUUGGAAAUCGACAUACAUUCUUGUACACAUACUCCUUCAUGCCAACACUCAUUUUAAUAUGCAUUUUAUUACUCUUUUCUAUUAUAGUAUUGCCCAUUAUCUGCUGUUGUUGUGGUCUCUCGUUAUCGCCACCCCAAAAGGGUCAAAAGGAGUACACAAAUUGA